AGCGUCUGAUAAGCCUAAUCAGAUCAAAUAGCUACUCUGAAAAGCAAAGUGGGAGCUUUCUCCCGCGAAAUAAUCACGGGCCCAAGGCGCACAAAUGUAACUCACCAAAGUGCUUUCAGUCCCGAAAUCAAAUUGGACAACUAAUGUAAGCAGGAAUAAAGUCAGGAAGAAAUUAUUUCUGAGUUUUUUUUUUUAACUUACAGUUAUUAUUCAUAAUAUAAUACCAUUAUCUAUAUAACAGUCUAGAACUGAGCUUAACGAAUUUGUAACGCGGUCUGUAGCUGUCAACUCAUUGUCGCGAAGAAUCAUCGUGACAAAAGCGGAACUUUCAUUCAGAAAUGAGCAUGGUGCGCCAUAACACGUUUGUGGGCCUAUUUGGUUCUGCCAAUUGCUGAGAUUAUUGAUUAUUUAUGCUUUGACAGAAAUCUGUGUUGGAGUUAAAAUGUUAAUAAAAAAGCUGUCUUGAUAAUACGUGCUGAGAAAAAGUUGAACCAUUGCCAGGUGUGCUAUGAGAAAUUUCACAUUUUGCUUUAACACAAGUCGUUUUAUGGUCGGUUGGCCAUAAAAUCUGUCUUGUAUAGGCUCUAAUGUUCCGUCAGAUUGUGGGCGGAGUCUGUGUGACGUCAGGACGCAUAGAGAAGCUCGGUUGGACGGAUAGAAAGACAGCUGAAAUUAAGAGUGAGCGCUGUGAUGUGCAGGAGAGUGUGUGUGCGUGUGUGUGUAUGCAAGUGGAUGGAUAUGAUAUCACAUACCUGUCCCUGUCACUCUGGCUCUCCUUGUAGCUCUCGACUGAAACGGAGAUAUAUUUUACCCAUUUGAAACGAAAAAAAAAAAAAAAAAUAACUCUCUUCAGCACUGGGUUUAUUUCUAUUACGAUAAAAGCCGUUUGAGGAGUAUCGACUGGUUUAAGUGAGAAAGGAGCACUGACAACGCUUGCCAUUACUUCACUACUGGACACAUUAUUUCUUUCUUUAUUUUUAAUAUUUGUGACCUUCGCUGAGGAAGUUAUAUCUGCUUGCGAACCCUCCGCGAAACGCUUGUGUUAUUCAUGACCUCUAUGAAGGAUCCGUUGAGUUUGGACCACCAUCACCACGUUGCCGGGAGUAAACACGCACCGCUUACGAUGACCUCUAGUCUGCAACCGCUCCAGCGGUCUGUGGACUCAAAACACAGGCUGGAGGUACACACGGUUUCUGACACCUCCAGUCCAGAGUCCGUAGAGAAAGAGAAGGGGCAGAGUAAAAACGAAGAUUCGAGUGAUGACCCAUCGAAAAAGAAGAGACAGAGGCGGCAACGAACGCAUUUUACUAGCCAACAGCUCCAGGAACUGGAGGCCACUUUUCAGCGGAAUCGUUAUCCGGACAUGUCCACCAGAGAGGAGAUCGCUGUCUGGACUAAUUUAACAGAGGCCCGAGUCAGAGUGUGGUUCAAGAAUCGACGGGCAAAAUGGAGAAAAAGGGAGAGGAACCAACAGGCCGAGCUGUGUAAAAACGGUUUCGGCCCUCAGUUCAACGGACUUAUGCAGCCCUACGAUGACAUGUAUCCCAGCUACACGUACAACAACUGGGCUGCAAAGGGGCUCACGUCGGCCUCUCUGUCAACCAAAAGCUUCCCCUUUUUCAAUUCCAUGAACGUCAAUCCGCUGUCGUCUCAGGCCAUGUUCUCUCCUCCUAACUCCAUCUCUUCAAUGAGCAUGUCCUCCAGUAUGGUUCCUUCUGCGGUCACCGGCGUACCCGGAUCAAGUUUAAACAGCCUCAAUAACUUGAAUAACCUCAGCAACCCCUCUCUAAAUUCGGGGGUUCCCACGCCGACGUGCCCUUACGCCCCACCGACACCUCCGUAUGUUUACCGGGACACCUGUAACUCCAGUCUUGCCAGUCUGAGACUGAAAGCUAAGCAGCACUCGAGUUUUGGAUACGCGAGCGUGCAGAAUCCAGCCUCCAAUCUUAGCGCUUGUCAGUACGCGGUGGAUAGACCGGUGUAAGAGACGAUUGUAGAAUUUACAAUCCCGAAUCCCAGGAACGAGAGACUAAACUUUUUGUUUCAAAGGCACUAGAAGAAUAAAGCACUGAAACGCGUCCAAUCCUGUGAUGGAAUGCCAGGCGGGAAAUGGAAGGCGAACGUGCCAUUUCUAAUAGCCUAAGAUUAAUUCUCUACACUAGCAAUUGCACACAAGCCAGUGAAGAGUUUGUGACACCAGAAUAUUUAAAAAAAUAAAAGUAAAAAGCUCAUUUAUUUUGACGUUUCAACUUUUGGACAAUAAUUGACUGAACGGUUGUAUAUAGGAUAUACAUAUAUCUUAAUACCAUCUUCAAUUUUUAUAAUUGCUCUAAAGCUCUAACUCUUGAGCAUUUAUAAGAAUUCCGUUUAACACCGCAUGUGGAAAAGGUACAGGAAUCAUGUCUUGCUUGCGUUCAAGGGAAUGUACAUACUAAACGCACCAAGUCGUGUUGAUAUUAUAAAUUUAUUAUUAAAUGUCUUUGUGAAUAUAGAUCUAGAUUAGCAACCCUGGGUAAUAAUACAAAACUGUUUCUGCGAAAUGAACUUGGUUUUUGCUCUGUGUAUAAUAUUUGGUACGGAUUUUUUGUUUCGCUUUUCAACAUCCCAAAAAUAAACUAUUGUGUUCUAUUUAA